UCGAUCAAUGAAACUUAGUUCCCUUCGAGAUAAAACGAAAUGAAAAAAAAAUUUCAAAGGAUUAGUUAUUAUUAUAUUUGAAUAUUUUAUUGAUUACACUUACAAUUAUGAGUUCCCUAUCAUUCGUCGUUAAUAAAAAAAGUAAAGAUAAAAUGUUGGAAGAAUUGGGAAUUACUGAAGGAGAUCUUCAAAAAUGUGUAGCAUUCAUGAAACAUUGGUGCGAAACGCAACCACAUCUUCCCGAAAUACCAAGUCAGACCAAAAUCGAAUUUUGUCUAAUGAAUAACGAAUUGGAUAUCGAAAGAACUAAAGCAACAUUUGAUUUGUACUAUACACUGAGGACAACCAUGCCCCAAGUCUACGGACGUGCUAAUCCAAAUACGUCUAUAAUGCAACUUUCCGUUCAAGACUGUCAAGUUGUUCUGCUACCAAAAUUGUUAGAAGACAAAUACGGAGUAAUUAUAUUUAAACUCCAAUCCCAGUCGCACCAUGAGGUUGACGCUUACGCGUGGUUGAAUUUAGUACUAAAUAUUUACGAAGUUGUAAUGGAGGAAGGUGUCAUGCUCGAUACAGUAUUGAUUUUGGACAUGACCAAUUUGGGAAUGAAGCACGUAUUUAAGAUAACUCCUAAAUUUGUAUCGGACACUUUUUAUCUUAUAGAGCAUUUAUUGAAUGACAAAAUAAAAGUAUUUCAUAUUCUCAAUGCUCCAUCAAUUUUUCAACUGAUUCUCAACUUAUGCAAAAUGAUAAUAAAACCUGAAAUAUAUAAUAAGUUUAAAUUCCACCACUCUGCACAAUCGCUAGGGGAAUAUAUUCCAAAAGAUAUGUUACCAAAUGAUUACGGAGGCAAAUAUAUAUCUAUAGAUGCGCUCCAAAAAUUGUGGAUAGAGAAACAAAAGGAGUAUCGGUAUCAUUUUGACAAAUUGGAUACAUUGAAAGUAAACGAAAGCCUUAGACCUGCCUCGAGCAAAAAGCAAGGAAACUACAACAUAUUUGAAAACUUUUCCAAAUUAUUUAAAUAGACCUUACAUUAUUUUCGAUAUCUGUAUUCUCAAAUUCAUAUGUAAACUAGAUUUGAAAUAGUUAUUAUGAAAAAACGUUUUUGAAAUUUGAAA